AUGCCCCCCAAGGCCGCCGACAAGAAGCCCGCCUCCAAGGCCCCCGCCACUGCCUCCAAGGCUCCCGAGAAGAAGGAUGCCGGCAAGAAGACUGCCGCCUCUGGCGACAAGAAGAAGCGCACCAAGUCCCGCAAGGAGACCUACUCUUCCUACAUAUACAAGGUCCUGAAGCAGGUUCACCCCGACACUGGUAUCUCCAACCGUGCCAUGUCUAUCCUCAACUCGUUCGUCAACGAUAUCUUCGAGCGCGUCGCCUCUGAGGCUUCCAAGCUUGCUGCCUACAACAAGAAGUCCACCAUCUCCUCCCGUGAGAUCCAGACCUCUGUCCGUCUCAUCCUGCCCGGUGAGCUGGCCAAGCACGCUGUCUCGGAAGGCACCAAGGCCGUCACCAAGUACUCUUCUUCCACGAAAUAA